AUGUUUGCGGGCGUCGCACUGCCGACUUUCGCCGCGACGGUGCCGUCGACAGUGUACGCAGGCUUAAAAUUGCCGACAGUGUACGCAGGCUUAAAAUUGCCGACAGUGUUUGCAGGCCUCGGCUUGCCGACAGCCUCCACAACGGUGCCGGCAACAAUGUCUGUGGACGUCGCACUGCCGAUAGUCGCCGCAACGGUACCGUCGAUAGUGUACGCAAACUCAAAAUUGCCGACUUACCGACACUCUCCGCAAUGGUGCCGGCGACCCGCAAUGUUGCACCGAGCUCAACGAGCGGUACCUGGAGGGCCAUGCGAGGCUGAACAGUUAGGUGCAACACGAAGGUGCACACGGACAGCCACAUCGACGACUGGUUGCAUGCCUCGUAAUGCCGACAGUGUUCACAUGUCUCGACUUGCCGAUAGCCUCUACAACGGUACCGGCAACAAUGCUUGCCGGCGUCGCACUGCCGAUAGUCGCCGCAACGGUGCCAUCGAUAGUGUACCCAAUCUCAAAAUUGCUGACAGUGUGUGUUGCACCGAGAUCAACGAACGGUUCCCGGAGGGCCAUGCGAGGUUAUCGCUGCCGUCGAGGUUUGCGAGCCCCGUGAUAAAUUUUGGACACAAAUUUCCCGAAGACACGAACAUCCACAGAGGUGUUUGCAGCGUCCAAACGGCCUCUGCCGUGAACCGGUGGGUGGCUUGGGUGUCGAAGUGUAUUUUGUGA